GGAUCGUCCCCAGCGCUCCCGGCGCUCUUGAUCAUCCCAGCGCUCAGCGUGCUGGCUCCUCCCCCUCCCGGCGGCAGCGUGCGCUCUCAGCCGCCCCCGUGCACCCCGCGCUCGCCAGGCCUGCGCGCCCGAGCCCAUGCCCCCAGCUCCACGCGGCCCUCCAACGCCAUGUGUGUCCCGCACACUAUGGAGGCGGGCAAGCACAGCGCCAGCCAGGGGCAGGGCAGCCGCGCCGGGGUCCCCCUGGAGCCGUUCAUUCACCAGGUGGGCGGCCACACCAGCAUGAUGCGUUACGACGACCACACCGUCUGCAAGCCGCUCAUCAGCCGCGAGCAGCGCUUUUACGAGUCCCUGCCGCCAGAGAUGAAGGAGUUCACCCCCGAGUACAAAGGUGUGGUGCUGGUGUGUUUUGAGGGUGACUCUGAUGGCUACAUCAAUCUGGUGGCAUAUCCAUAUGAAGAGAGCGAGGGGCUGGACCAUGAAGAGCUGUCCGAAAGAGAUCAGCCUCGCCGAAAACACUCUCGCCGUAGCCUCCACCGCUCCAGCAGCGAGCACAAAGAGGACAGACCUGCUCACGACGGCGACAGCAAUGACAAUCUGCAGGAGUUGAAGAGUCCUCGUCUGGACCUACAGAUGCAUUCAGAUGUGCCCUUCCAGAUGCUGGACAGCAACAGCGGCCUGAGCUCAGAGAUCAGCCACAACCCCUGGAGUCUGCGCUGCCACAAACAACAGCUCAGUCGCAUGCGCUCUGACUCCAAAGACAGAAAACUCUACAAAUUCCUGCUGCUGGAGAACGUAGUCCAUCAUUUCGUCUACCCCUGCAUCCUGGACUUGAAGAUGGGCACCCGGCAGCACGGUGAUGACGCGUCAGAGGAGAAAGCCGCCCGCCAGAUGAAGAAGUGCGAGCAGAGCACGUCUGCCACAUUAGGAGUGCGUGUGUGCGGCAUGCAGGUCUACCAGAUGGACACCGGUCACUAUCUAUGCAGGAACAAGUACUACGGCCGCAGUCUUUCUAUCGAGGGAUUUCGACACGCACUCUUUCAGUUCAUGCACAACGGGACGCAGCUGCGCAAAGACCUUUUCGAGCCCAUCCUGAGCAAACUAUGCAGCCUGAAGGCUGUGCUGGAGCGCCAGGCCUCGUACCGCUUCUACUCCAGCUCGCUGCUCAUCAUAUACGAGGGCAAGGACCCCGAGUCUGUGGAUGCUGGCUGGCAGAGGGCCUCGGAGCCGGAGAGGCUGGGCUGUGUGGAGAGCCCGCCGGCCUCAGAGCCCCACACGCCUCCGCAGACGCUGAGCGUGGAUGUGCGCAUGAUAGACUUCGCCCACAGCACCUUCAAAGGCUUCCGCGAUGACCAAACCGUCCACGAUGGGCCUGACCGCGGAUACGUGUUUGGACUGGAGAGCCUCGUCGACAUUUUGCAGGAAAUCCGUGACGAGAACCAGUAGCUCCAGCCAGCAGCUUUUCAUAGAGAAACAAAGAUGUUUGUCAAGAUUGCACAUUGACACAAAACUGAAGGUGUGUUUGAACCGUGAGGGAUUGGUGUAUACAAGAAAUGGAGGUGACCUCUACCCAUAAAGGGUCUUGUCUCUGCUGUCAGGAAAGAAAUGGCUCAACAGAAGACGGUUUCAGUUUGUUUGUCACAUGGAUUCAUCGCCACCAUGUGGCCCACUGAAGCACUGCAGGAAUGAACCAUGAACUCAGGCCGCGUCAGCUGUCAGGGUUUCUCUUAGAGUGUGGCAUUGCUAAAGAGAGAGAAAGUGUGUGUGUGUGUGUGUGUGUGUGUGUGUGUGUGUGGGUGUGUGUGUGU